CUGCUGCUGCCCGCUGGCUGCCGCUCUGGCCGGCGUGCCCGCGGUGGCGGCGCAGCGCUCGUGCGCGUGGCAGCGCCCGCGGGGGCUCGCCGGGCGUGUACAGGACCCGGGGGCCGAGCAUUCCGGAGGUCGCCGCGCUGGCAGGCGGCUCGGGCUCGCCCUAGGGGCUUUCCGAUCUGCAGUUUCCAAGCGCCGUGGGACGAAGCGCUGUCCAAGUCCAAGGGGACAAAAAAUGUGGGCGCGGGUGCGCGCGCGCGGGAGGGGACCGCGUGGGCGGGCGUGAGCCUUUGUGUCGCGGGCGCACCCGCGCAGGUGGGCAGCCCGUGCCGGGACUCGGCUCCACGGGGCCCGUCUUCCGUGUCCAAGGGCUUGGGGCUAUCCCUUGGAGACUGGCGACGGGCCCUUCUCCUAGUGGCAGCUCUCUGGCUUCACAGAUGGUCUAUGGUGGUGAAGAGGGGGCACUAACGGGACUUUCUAAGGACCGCUCUUCCAGAGCCGUGCCCCGGGCGGCGUCCGAGUUGGGCGCGUUUCUUCCUUGCUGUCUCCGGCGAGGGAGCAGACCUGAGGGAUGGCGAUGUCCGCCGGCUGCUAGCGAGCCGCGCAAGAAGAGCGUGAACAUGACCGAGUGUGUGCCGGUGCCCAGCUCCGAACAUGUCGCCGAAAUCGUGGGGCGGCAAGGUUGUAAAAUCAAAGCGCUGCGGGCCAAGACCAACACUUACAUCAAGACCCCAGUCCGCGGGGAGGAGCCUGUCUUUGUUGUGACGGGCAGGAAAGAGGAUGUGGCCAUGGCUCGCAGAGAGAUCAUCUCCGCGGCCGAACACUUCUCCAUGAUACGCGCCUCGAGGAACAAGAACACCGCGCUCAACGGCGCGGUGCCGGGACCGCCCAACCUGCCUGGGCAGACCACCAUCCAGGUGCGAGUGCCCUACCGCGUGGUGGGGCUCGUGGUGGGGCCCAAGGGAGCCACGAUCAAGCGCAUCCAGCAGCAAACGCACACCUACAUCGUUACGCCCAGCCGUGACAAGGAGCCCGUGUUCGAGGUGACGGGCAUGCCAGAGAACGUGGACCGCGCCCGCGAGGAGAUUGAGGCGCACAUCGCCCUGCGCACCGGCGGCAUCAUCGAGCUCACGGACGAGAACGACUUCCACGCCAACGGCACCGACGUGGGCUUCGACCUCCACCACGGGUCCGGCGGGUCCGGCCCGGGCAGCCUCUGGAGCAAGCCCACGCCCAGCAUCACGCCCACCCCUGGCCGCAAGCCCUUCUCCAGCUACCGCAACGACAGCUCCAGCUCUCUCGGCAGCGCCUCCACAGACUCUUACUUCGGGGGCGGCGGCGGUGGGAGCAACGGCAGUGCGGCCGCUACCGCCCAACGCCUGGCGGACUACAGCCCCCCAAGCCCCGCCCUCAGCUUUGCACACAACGGCAACAACAACAACGGCAACGGGUACACCUACGCAGCGCCGGGGGAGGCCCCUGUGCCCUCGCCUGACGGCUGCCCUGAGCCCACGUUUGACCCGGCUCCAGCGCCCCCACCCGGGGCGCCCCUACUCUGGGCCCAGUUCGAGCGGUCCCCAGGGGGCGGACCCGCAGCCCCGGCGUCCUCUUCCUGCUCUUCCUCGGUCUCUUCGUCCGCUUCCUCGUCCUCUGUGGUCUUCCCUGGGGCUGGUGCCGGUGCGCCCUCCAAUGCCAACCUGGGGCUGCUGGUGCACCGCCGGCUGCACCCGGGCGCCAGCUGCCCGCGCCUAUCUCCGCCCCUGCACAUGGCCCCGGGGGCUGGUGAGCACCACCUGGCGCGCCGGGUGCGCAGCGACCCGGGCGGAGGCGGCCUGACCUACGCCGCUGCCUAUGCCAAUGGGCUGGGGGGGCAGCUGCCAGGCUUGCCGCCGUCGGACACUUCGGGCUCCUCGUCGUCGUCCAGCUCUUCCUCCAGCUCCUCGUCGUCCUCCUCCGGGCUGCGACGCAAGGGCAGCCGCGACUGCUCCGUGUGCUUCGAGAGCGAGGUGAUUGCUGCGCUGGUGCCCUGCGGCCACAACCUCUUCUGCAUGGAAUGCGCUAACCGCAUCUGCGAGAAGAGUGAGCCUGAGUGUCCGGUUUGCCACGCGGCGGUCACUCAGGCUAUCCGCAUCUUUUCCUGAAGGCAGCGCGCGCAUGUGCCUGCGCAGAUUUGCGCGGGGGGGCCUUGCCUGGCGGGGAACCCGAAGCCCUCUCCAUCCUAUACCACCUCCCUCGCCUGCCUGCUUGGCUUCUUGGUGCCCAGUUUUCCUUCCCUCCCUGUUCCUCUCCAGCACACUCCGAGAUCCGAGAGAGGAGCUUGGAAAGCUGUAGUAUCGGCUCUUUUUUUUUUUUUAAACCUCUUCUUCUUCUUCUUUUUUUUUUUUUUUUAAGAUUUAAGUUCUAAACAAAGAAACUUGCCAGGAAUUAUCUGCAUCUGAGAGUACUGUACCCUGGGAAACUUGCGAACCACCUGAACAUGCAUGCUGUAUAUGUAAUAGGAACGGCCACAGUCUAGUGAUGUUAGUUUUUACACUGUACCCACCUAGGAAGCUCCCGAAAGAGGACCCUCCCCCAAAGUGUCCCAUUCGCUCACCGUAGGAAGAAAUGAACAGUAGUGGACUGUUGCCCUGUGCGUCCCCUCGUGGGUGGGUUCCUGUGACGCUCGUUGCAGAAUGCCGCGGAUCCUUUACCGAGUGUCCAUGGCAGGGCCAGGAGUUCCCCUGACACCAGGAUACUGCAGCUUUAUUAAA